GAGGCUGGAAGUGACGGCGGCGAGGGCGGGACAUCCGUCGCCCUGAGUCUGACAGGAGGAACCCGGAGCGGGAGGGAGCGUGUGGCGGGGACGGGCUAGGCCAGGCCGGGGCGCUCGGGCCUGUGCGGCCUACAGGAUGGGUUCUCAGAAGCCGUUGCUGUGUCCGUGGCUCAUCAAGCAAGUCGACAGCUGUCAGUACCCUGGCCUCCACUGGGUGAACGAAGGGAAACAACAGUUCAGGAUCCCGUGGAAGCAUUGCUUGAGACAGAACAUUUCUGCUGAUGAUACCAAGAUAUUUGAGGCUUGGGCAACAGCAAGUGGCCGCUACAAACCGGGAAUCGAUGUUCCAAACCCUCCUGUGUGGAAGAGAAACUUUCGAAGUGCCUUAGCACGGAAGAAGCAUUUCCGCAGAGUACGUGACAACAGGAGCGACCCCCAUGACCCACACUUGGUCUACGAGAUCCAGAGCACCGACUAUCCCGAGGGGAACUCGCCGACAUCCUCAACUGACCGGAUACUGAAGCCGGGGGAAGAUGAGGAGGAGGAGGAGGUGUCUGAGGAAGAUAUGGAGGGGGAAGGGGUCUGCGCGGGAUGCCAUCCCUCCCCGCGCAGCGCCUCCAUCACCGCCAUUGUGAAGGUGGAGGAAACGCCGUUGGAGGAACCCGUGAAGCCAGGCGCCAGCGGGCUGCGGGGUGGAAUGGAGCCCGCCGCGCAGGUUGCCUGGAGGGAGAGUCCGCACAGUAGCACGGCGGCGGAGGAUUCGAGGGAGGGCAGCGACAGGGAAAUGUUCAAGAGGAGGCUGGUGCAGAUGCAGGGCCAGAUGCUGGGCUCGCUGUCCAACCUGUCGGUCGGGGUGUGCGAGAUGGGCAGGAGCUUGGAGGCGUCCGUCUCCAACCUGGCACAGGAGAUCCUGUCGGGCCAGGGCAACAUCAGCUCCAGCAUGGAGGCGAUGCGGAGCUCGGUGUCAGCGGGCAACCAGGCCGUAGCGCUGCAGCGGCUGAUGGACCGUGUGUCCACCUCCCUGGAGACUCAGGAGGAGGCCAUUCGGGGCCUGCGCGGCUGCGUGGAGAUGCAGGGGGGUCCCGGCAGAGCUCUGCUGGCCGUCAGCCGGGAGCGGGCGCUUCUGGCCCGCGAGCAGCGGGACGCUGCAAGGGAGCAUGCGGCAGUCAUGCAGGAGCAGCAGGACGCUGCAAGGGAGCAGGCGGCAGUCGUGCAGGAGCAGCGGGACGCUGCAAGGGAGCAUGCGGCAGUCAUGCAGGAGCAGCAGGACGCUGCAAGGGAGCAGGCGGCAGUCGUGCAGGAGCAGCGGGACGCUGCAAGGGAGCAGGCGGCAGUCAUGCAGGAGCAGCGGGACGCUGCAAGGGAGCAGGCGGCAGUCGUGCAGGAGCAGCGGGACGCUGCAAGGGAGCAGGCGGCAGUCGUGCAGGAGCAGCGGGACGCUGCAAGGGAGCAGGCGGCAGUCGUGCAGGAGCAGCGGGACGCUGCAAGAGAGCAUGCGGCAGUCAUGCAGGAGCAGCGGGACGCUGCACGGGAGCAGGCAGCAGUCAUGCAGGAGCAGCGGGACGCCGCUCGGGAGGGGGCGUUGCUGCAGCGAGAGCAUGCGGCUAAGGCCCGCGAGCAGCGGGAUGCCGCAAGAGAGCAUGCGGUGCUCAUGCAGGAGCAGAGGGACGCUGCAAGGGAGCAGGCGGCAGUCAUGCAGGAGCAGAGGGACGCUGCAAGGGAGCAGGCGGCAGUCGUGCAGCAGCAGCGGGACGCUGCAAGGGAGCAGGCGGCAGUCGUGCAGCAGCAGAGGGACGCUGCAAGGCAGCAGGCGGCAGUCGUGCAGCAGCAGCGGGACGCCGCGCGGGAGCAACUCGCGGCACAGUCGGGGCGGCGGAGGCGGCAGCCCGCGCGGGAGAGACUCCGCCGCGCCGCCUUCCGACCCCGCCUCUCGUCCUCCCGGGCAAAGCCCCCGGCCCGCCUCGCCGCAGCCGAUGGCAACAUGCUGGAACUGCGGCUGUGAGGGCCCACCGAGGGAGUGGCGCCACAAUUGGGAGUCUCAGCCCCAGUGAACUCACUGGGAUACAAUGGUAGAGCAGAACCCAACUGCAAGCCAUUGAUGAGGAGGACCAGCAGUCUAUUAGCUCUUCACGUCAAUGUUAUAUCUGGACUCAUAUUAUGUGACGGUUAAGCACCUCGGUUCAAACCCAUCAGAUGGUUUGUGUGUGUGCAGGAAGGAACUGCAGAUGCUGGCUUAAACCCAAGAUAGACACAAAAUGCUGGAGUAACUCAGCGGGACGGGCAGCAUCUCUGAAGAAAAAUAAUAGGAGACGUUUUGGGUCGAGACCCUGAUGGUAGUUGUCAAGGCUAUGGUAUAAUGGGUUUAUCAAACUUAUGAACUGGGGCCGACAGCAUUGUGUAGCAAUGUUACAAACUUUUGAGAUUUUAAAAAUCAAGUCUGCAAUUUAUCCCAACAGAUAAAGCAUAAAAAGAAGUUUAAUUUGACACCUACUUCACUUUCAUAUCUUCAGUAUUAAAAACGUUAUGGCCAAUUUGAUACUCUGAAAUCAGCAUCUUGUUCCCUAUUGCUUUUCCAUUGACUUAACUCAAAAGCUGUGAUCGAGGACAGUCAAAAGCCCAUAACUUUCUUAAAAAUUAAGCGAACUGAAUGAAUGUUUCAGUUAUUUAUAGAUUGAAGCAUUCUGAAACAAAUAUGAAACAAUCUUACUUGGAUGACCUGAAAUUAAAGCAUAUAAUUAGUUAGUUACCUAAUUGUAGCUAAUUCCAAAAUUCAAUUACUAGAUCUAAACAUCUAUCCAUUUAUUAAGAAAAGGUUAACAUUUUAAAAUAGUUUAAGUGUCCAAAUAACAUUCACACAAGAAUUCACAAUAUAACAUGAUUUUUAAAUCUCAUUGUCAAGCCAAAUGGAAGGAAUUUAGUGAUUAAUUCCUGUAAAUUAAUGGCCAUUUAAAUCAUCUUGUGAGUUGGUUUAUGUGGAACGAGAUCGAUUGGAACGUUGCGGUUGCGGUGAAUUUAAACCCCAUAUCGGCAGGAAAAACACUGCCGGUUCGUAUAUUUACAUAAUCACAUUUUCGCCAAUGAAAUUUUGAUUAAAGUAAUCCUAAAAUGCAAGAUUAUAUGUAAAAUAGACGACUUACCU